AUGUCAUUAAAAACUAACAGUUGUAAUCGUUUUCUUGCGGAAGCCGAAUUGGAUCCUACUUUGGUUCCUGGUUAUACUACCUGUACUCUAUUUGAUAAUGAGAUGCUUGGUGGAAUUCAUGGAAAUACCCGUAUAGAAAACUUUAUCAAGGAACUUAGUAAACAGUAUGAAAUUCUUGCUAAACCAAUAUCUGACAGUUGUACUGAGAAUUGUCGGAGAACUCGGAGAUUACUCAAAGAAAAAAAAGAACAAUUAAAUGUUCCUAAUCAUGUGAUUAAGGAAGGAAAAAGUUCUCAGAAACAGGUCACCAAACAUUGCCUUAAAAAGAUGGAGGGACAUUCUCCAUUUUGUAGUAAGAAACGUAGAAGAACAAGUGUAGUUCGCAAAGCGAUUGCGGAUUGUAAUAAGGCAAAAGCUUUAAAAGUCAAAGAGGAGCGUGAGAAGCGCCAAAAUGCUGCAUUAAAUCGUAGGCAAGGCGUAGAUAUCCAAGGAAAUAUGUGCUCAGUAAAGCCUACUAAUGCUUCGAAUAAUAUCAAACCAAAGAUGUGUCUUUUAAGUGGUCCAAAACCACGGAAUUCCCAAAGACAUCUAAAAAGAGAAAAAUUGAAGGAGGCUAAUGGUGCUUUGGUGGAACGCCAAAAAACUAGUAUAAAAUUGAAAAAAAUUAGUUCUACCAAAAAGAGAAGUUUUGUGAAAAAAGCAAAUGUUUUACCAAGUUGUGUAGAAAAAAAAGUGGAAAAAAAACAAAAUAAGGCAGAUCAAGAAUUAAUUUCAAAACCAAUUAAAGGAGUUUUAAAAAAGAAAAGUUGUGGUAGAGCUGAACAUGAUAAAAGUGUUCGUUUUGACGAAACAACUAUAACUUUUGACAUUGAAAAAGUUUCACUUCAUGAUGCCACCAACUUUAUAUACAAUUUUGAUGAAAGAAAUAUCCCUUCAUGGGCUUCGGAUGAGAAUUUUGAUUUAUUUAUGAAGGAUAUUGUCACCAAGGAGGAUCCUACUAAUUUUUCUCGGGGUGCAAGAAGAGGUGGAAAAAAUAAAGGUAAAACUAAUUUACAAAUGGCACAAGUUGCUGAAUUUUCAUUAAUUAAAAAUGAACUUUCUGAUAAUCGAAGUGCACAAAUUAUAACAGGUUCACAUUUUGCUCAAGCAUUUAGACUAGGAUAUAAAUUAGUUUUGAUAUGUAGAGCUAAAGGUGAUCCAAGACCAAAUAUUAAAUGGUUUAAGGAGGGUGCUGAAAUGCAACAACGAAAUAAUAUACAUUAUUAUGAAAGAGUAAUAAAUGAGUAUGAAAUUUGGAGUAAAUUAGAAAUAGAUCCAGCAACAAUGGGUGACCAGGGUAUAUAUGCUUGUGUAGCAAAUAAUCCUUUUGGUGUUAUGGCAAAAAAUUUUAAAGCCGAAUAUACAUAUUAA